AUGAUUUCUUUUUCAACAGGAAAUAGUUUUAGAAGUAUUGGAUUCAACUACAGAUUGGGAUUCAGUACGGUUCGAGAAAUUGUAAAAGAAGUCUGUGAUGCAAUAUGGAAUAGAUUGGGACCAAUCGUAAUGCCACCACCCACAGAAGAAAUGUGGAAAAAUGUUGCAGCAAAAUACAAAAAAAUGUGGCAUUUCCCAAAUUGCAUCGGUGCUAUUGAUGGCAAGCAUAUUAAUAUCCAAUGCCCCAUUAAUGCCGGAUCUACUUAUUAUAACUAUAAAGGUAGUUAUUCAGUUGUACUUUUAGCACUUGUUGAUGCAGACUAUAAGUUUAUUGCAAUUGAUGUCGGCUCAUAUGGAAGGAAUAGUGAUGGUGGAAUUUUUUCUCAGUCAGUAAUUGGUCAAAAGUUGAAUAAUAAGACACUCAAUGUUCCAGAGCCAGCCCCUUUAACAGAAAACGGAGAUCCUCAGCCUUAUGUCAUUGUUGGAGACGAAGCAUUUCCAUUAAAGAGUUAUUUGCUUCGCCCAUACAGUAGAAACUAUUUAGGGGAUAAUGAGCCCAAUAAAAUAUUCAACUACCGAUUGUCACGUAUUUAA